GAUGCAUCAACCUUGGCUAUCUUGACUUAAAAUCAACUGCCGAGUGUGUGUGAUCAUUGCCAGAAGGAUGGCCGACGUCAACACAAAACAGACAGCACAGAAAAGUGCCAAGAUUGCAGCUGGAGCUGUUGUGUGUGUGGAAAGUGAAAUAAGAGGGGAUGUGACUAUCGGUGCAAGGACAGUAGUCCAUCCCAAAGCCCGCAUCAUUGCAGAGGCUGGUCCCAUAGUCAUAGGAGAGGGCAAUCUGAUCGAGGAACAAGCUCUUAUCAUCAACAGUCAUCCAGAGAACAUCAUGCCAGACACAGAGGGAGUUGAACCAAAGACCAUGACUAUUGGGGCCAAUAAUGUGUUCGAAGUUGGCUGUGUUUCACAAGCUUUGAAAAUUGGAGACAACAAUGUCAUCGAAUCCAAAGCUGACCUUGGAAGGAACGUCAUCCUGACAAGUGGCUGUAUCGUUGGUGCAUGUUGCCAGGUGAACACGUGUGAGGUCAUCCCAGAGAACACAGUCAUCUACGGCUCCAACUGCAUGAGACGCGUACAGACUGAAAGGCCACAGCCCCAGACACUUCAGUUAGAUUUCCUCAUGAAGAUCUUGCCCAACUACCACCACAUGAAGAAGACAGUCAAAGGAAGCUCCACCCCUGUCAGAAACUGAUGAUCAAUUACCCACCACUAUUCCAGGACCAACUCACUGAGAACAGCUAGUUUUGGAUUGGCAUCUAGGUACAUAUUUAGCCUAUGCUGCAAAAAAUAAAGCACUGUUACCCCCUCACCACCCCUCAUGGCUUGCGUGCACGGUAAACAUAGAAGCCCUAGCUCACCUAAGCAGUUCUCCUAAGUACUUGCCUUUCCAAGAACACUAGAAGUAAGAAGACACAAAGCCAUUUAAUGAGAAUACAUUUUUUAUUUCGUCUUUUUUGUUUUUAUCUUCUUUUAUAUUUGUAUUUUUUUGUGUCUUGCACUUAAUUUUUUAUUUAAACAUUCUUUGCAGAUUUUUGAAGCUGAUGUGCAAAAAAAGCUAUUUAAUGUGCAAUAAUAAAAACAGUUAAAGCAG